GACCACCAGCGAAUCCCAACUGUUGUAUGUUUUUUGUUCUUUUAUUUUCUUUUUAUCUUCUAUCAAUUCCACCCCUCUCUUUCCAGAGUCAGCCCCCUUCGUUUUACCAGCCUCUUGAUUUCUCAGGACCAAUGAGACUAAGUUCGCUAAUCAAAUAUGUACUAGUACUAUGUAUUUCGACACGUGAUAUCAUUGAAAUUACACCAGAGCAAAUCGAAAAGAAAGAGUCUCCAAGAGUAGGCAUAUUUCCAAAAUGAUGCGGAGGAUUGACCCUGCGCUAUUCAGCGACUCCAACCGCCUAUUACCCGACAACCUCAUCAACAUCUUCCGUGUAGAUGACAAGACAGUGGUCAAACUCUGUGAGCCGAACCGCCUCGCUGAAGCUGAGGCUCUUCGUUUCGUUCGAGCACAUACAAAAGUCCCGGUUCCGGAGGUUUAUGACUCCUAUGUUGAUGAAUCCAUAAACCGCGGGGUAAUUGUCAUGGAAUACGCCAAUGGGGAAGUCCUCUGUGAUGUUUGGGAAGACAUGGAUGAUGGCCAGCGUCAGAACAUCAUAGACCAAUUGAAACGAUACAUGGAGGAGCUACAUCAAAUCAAGGGUGACUUCAUCGGUUCUGUCGAUGGAACUGCUUGCGAAGACCCGAUCUUUUGUGCAGACCUCGGUGGAUUUGGGCCUUACAAAACAGAACACGAGUUUAAUGAGGGCUUGAUCCGAGCUAUGAAACUGUCCCAAGAAAACUCAUGGGUGGAUCAUAUUGCUAAAUUCAUUAGAGCUCUGCCUAGUCAUAAUAUUGUUCUCACCCAUUCGGACAUCUCACCACGAAACAUUAUCGUGAGAGAUGAUCAGGUUGUCGCCAUUAUCGACUGGGAAAUGGCCGGAUUCUACCCUUCAUAUUGGGAGUAUGUUAAGGCGUUGUAUUACCCAGACUGGGAAAGUCGUUGGAUAGCUGAGGGCACGGUUGACAAGAUAUUGCAACCAUAUUAUCUCGAACAUGCUGCACUCAUGCACAUAUACAAACCGGCCUAA